GGUCUUUUUGCCGUGGAUGAAGAUCGCGUCAAGAUUGCGCCCAUGCUCGAGCAAGCCUUUUCGCAGUCCGUGAAGUCCUGUCUGAUCCGAGGGGACAUCUUGAAAUACCGCAUCUUGUUGAACAAGCAAACCAUUAUCAUGCGCGGCCUGCCUAUGAAGCUUGACGAUCCCUUGCCAGGGCUGGCGUCUUUCCUGCCCGCGGACGACACAGCGACCGGAUCAAAAUCACACCUGCUAGCACAGUUCCUGCACCGCAAUGGCUUUCGGGAGGUUCAGGAACGAAACUUCUCAGUCAUCGGCCUCGCAGCCCUCUUCAGAAACCACGAUGCGGUGGAAGUCUUGCUGCGAUUCCGAGCUGAUGUGAACACAGGACGUCGAGAGCUUUUGCUGGCAACGCCGCUCGGUGUGGCGUGCAGGUCCGGAGAUGUCUCCGGCAUCCGUCUGCUCCUCGAGAAGCGGGCGGACCCCCAUGUGAAGGACAUUGCAGGAGUCACUGCUUUUGACUACACUCUGGUUGGGAAUUCCCCGGCAGCGAUGGAGGCUAUUAGCCAGCAUGGCUUGAGCAUUGACCCAUCUGAUGUCCAAGGCAGUACGCAACUGGGAUUCCUUGAGCACAAGCAGUUCCAGAUCAACAC